AUAAUGCAUCCCAAAUUGGAGUUGAUCGCAGCCGCCUGCUCCAACAAUGGCAUCGGAGUGAAAGGGGACUUGCCUUGGCGUCUCAAAUCGGAAAUGGCAUUUUUUACUAGGAUGACAAGUGAAACCAAAGACGAAAACAAGAAAAAUGCCGUAAUCAUGGGAAGGAAAUCUUGGGACAGCAUUCCACCCAAUCACAGGCCUCUGAAUAAUCGCUUGAACAUCGUCCUGACUCGACAAGACUUGGAUUUGGGCAGUGAAGCCACAGUUUGCAAAUCCCUGGAGGAGGCGGUGUCCUUGCUGACGUCCCCUCCAUUGAGGGAGCAGAUUGAAAGACUCUGGGUCAUUGGUGGAAGUUCCAUUUAUGAGGCUGCUUUGAAGUCUCCCUUCUGUCACCGAGUAUAUCUCACCGACAUUAUGGCUGAUUUUGAAUGUGAUACCUUCUUCCCCGACAUGGAUAUUGGGAAAUUUGAGCUGGUGGAGGACCCUGCAGUGCCUGACGGAAUUCAAGAGGAAAAAGGUAUCCGAUUCAAGUACCAGGUUUUCCAGCUUAAGCAAGACAAUUGA